AUGAGGAGAUUCAUGGACAGUGGUGAUGAGCUUGAGCUGGAACACGUGGCUUUUCUUGUGUUGUGGCUAAGCUACUUUGUGUUUCCAUCAACAAGUUAUAGAAUCAAUGAAGAUGUUUUUCAAGUUGCUGUUCAUCUCUCAAGUGGUACUAGGAUUGCUUUGGCUCCACCCGUGCUUGCACACUUGUAUGCUGACUUGACUCUCUUGAAAGACCACACUAGAUCCGAGUCUAUCAACCUGAGUGCCUUAGACAAACCAGAAACAGAGCAAAGAAAAGAAUCUGACGAAACGGGACGCAAAGGAGGGAAGCGUGAUGAAACCAACCCUUCUCAUCCUCCUUCUGGCAUUGUUGCAUCACCAGUAGAGACAACGGAAUCAUGUGAUGAUGAGCUUGAUGUAUGUGGAAGCAAUGUAUAUGUAACUAAAGAGACAGAGUGUUCUCUCCAUGAAGAUGGUGCCAUAGAAGGAGAAAAGGAAAUCCAUAAAGAAGAAGAUGAUGACAGCUUGACCAAGAUAAAGCUUGCAAGAGAUGAGCUUGGUGUAUAUGGAGGAAGCAAUGCAGAGAAGAUGGCCAUGACUGAUGAUAGCAGCAAGGAGCCAGAAAAUCUGCUCCAUGAGGAUGGUGCCAUGGCUGGAGAAAAGGUUAGUCCGAAUGAGAAGAAAGAUGAUAAGCGUUCACCAAAUGCAGACAACAAUGAACCAAUCACUCAGAGUGCAGAAGAAACCUCUGUAGGUGAAGAAACCUCUGAUGAGCCAAACUCGCAACUCUGUAGGUGA